UUCCCUUGCAAGUAAAAACUAAGUUCUUAGUUUAUGAGUGGUGUUUGAUUCGUGAAUUCUUACAGCAUUUGAUAUAUGUCUGGGUGAAAUUCCCUCGACAGAUCCCACAGCAGGAAAAUGGAUGAAACUGAAGUUCUUUAUAGUUUUAAGUCCACAAGAGUGAGAGGAAACACAGAUGUGGCCACACCCUCUACAGAUGAACCCGAUUAUUCCAACGUCAACUAUUCAGAAACUCAGCGACCUGCAUCAAGCAGGCGAUCGGGGGUCACAUGGGAGCGAGUGGUCCUGCUGGUCCUCAGUGUUCUCCUGGCAGCUGCCCUCACAGCUCUUGGUGUAACCCUUCAUGAAAAUACUCAAACCAAGAAGAGUCUCCAAAAAUAUCAAGAUGAGGCAAAAAAUCUCACAGAAAUACUCAGUGGGACAGAACCGAGCAAAGUGGAGCAGCCGACUAAACCUCCUUCAGUAAGAGAUGAAACAUGUCCGAGGUGUGAGGACGGCUGGGAGCCACAUGGAGGAAAGUGCUACUUCUUCUCCUGGGUUACUUCAUCCUGGAAUAAGAGUAGAAAACAAUGCACAUCAAUGAGUGGAGACCUGGUUGUGAUAAACAACAGAGAGGAGCAGAGAUUCCUGCAGUCUAGACUUAUGGAAAAAAUGGACGAACGUUCUGACAAGUUCUGGAUCGGACUGACAGACUCAAAGAAAGAGGGUGAAUGGCUUUGGGUGGACGACACACGACUGGAUACAAGUUUGAUGUUUUGGCGUGAGGGCGAGCCAGACAACUGGUACGGGGAGAAUCCUGAUGGAGAGGACUGUGUGAGGAUGGGGGAGAAAGACGGAGCCACGAACCUGAAGACCUGGGACGAUCAAUCCUGCAAAUAUUUUCAAAAAUAUAUUUGUGAGAAACCAGAAAAAGCAUGCGGCUGA